UUGGUAUGUUGUUUUUGAAAAUUGUCAUGACUUGUGUGAUACAGAUUGUAAACAUAUCUUAAUACAUGAAUUGAAAAAUGUCAUAAUGUGUUUAUUACAGAUACGUAUUUCUAGCCGAUUAUUGAGUACUUGAGAGACAUUACUUAAGAAUGAAAAAUAUGGAAGCAUCUAAAUUUUAAUUCUUUGGAGGUCCAAAAAAUGGAAGAUGAAAUGGUAAAUUGGAAUGAGAAACUUAUUACAGCUGCUCAGUAUGGAGCUAUACAAGAAGUGAAAUUGUGCAUUCAGAAUUUAACAGACAUUGACUAUGAAAAUUGUGUAAAUACAGCAUUACUGGAGGCUGCGAGCAAUGGACAUCUGGAGGUUAUAAAAUUGUUAUUUGUUAGUGGAUGUAAAAAAGAGACCACAGAGAUUGAUGGAAGAACAGCUCUGCAUCUGGCUGCUGGAUGUGGAUCUCUACGAUUAACAAGAUAUCUAGUUGAACAUAUUGGAAUCUGUCCACUGGUAACGACUAAUCAGGGUUACACUCCAUACGACUUAGCAGCAGCAGGACAAAGAUGGCAGUACAUAGAAGUUAUGGAAUACUUACACGUACAUAUCUUAAUCAGUUACAAAUAAUCAAUUACACUGAUAAAAAAUCUGGUACAUAAUAAUAUAAAUGCUGAGUAAAUAAUAAAACAACAUGCAUGCGCACUUUAACAGAAGAAUGCGAAUCCAUAUAAGGUACACUAGGAAAGCAAGCGGUUGUAAAUGUAUCCUCUUAAAAUCAAAUACUACUUUCUAUGAUUACACAUUGGUACUAAGAAUGGCAGUCUUUUUGUUUUGAGAAAUAAAUUUGUAAUGAUCUCAUUCAAUUGAUUGACAACAUGCCAAUUGAUUAAAUUACACCGACUACUAAUUGCGUGGUUAAAUGUGCGUUUGAACGCAAAAAAUGAAAUUGUUAAUUGAGGUAGGAAACGUAAAACUAUUUACAAGAAAGUACAGAUGAACAUGAUUAACAAAGGUUUUUAAUAACUUCUGUGGAUUCAUUAUGAUUUGUUGGAUACCAGUUUUCCAUGGUUUCUUCUGUAGAGUUGAACCACGAAUUCAAAUGUUUAACGAAUAACAUAUUUUUAAAAGGCUUUUUAUAAAGAGAUUGACAAAACCACGAAAUCAAGUAUCCACGAAUAUGCAAGUUUUUCAGCAAUCCACGAAAAUGAUACCCACGAAAAUAACUGAACCCACAGUAUAUGGGUAGUUUAAAAUACUGUUACUACAGAACUUUUGAAAUAAUUUUCUUAUUGCGAAAAAAGCAACGGCGAAAGUGUUGAAAGAAUAAAACGCACAUUGAAAUUUGGAAAAUAAAAGCACAAACGGUAAUCCAGCAUGUGUUUUCGUCAAUAGCAAUAAGUUGUAAUAAAUGUAUAUAUAAUUUGAACUGAUCUUGUGUACUUGAGUAUUUCAUAGGUUUUUUUUGCAGAAACAAUAAUUAAUAGACAAAAAAUAUCAAUAAAAAAAUGUGCUAAGUUUAUCAUGUUUAAGAUGUGGACAUUGUCAACAAAAUAUAUAUAGAAGUUACUAUUCUCAAUGACAAUUGAGCUAGGUCGGAUGGAAAACACUCUUAUGCAAGUGCACGU